AUGCCCGUCCGGCCAUCUUUACAGAAUUCAACCUUCGACUCAGACCUCCGCGACCGCCACCUAAUAUACGAUUACAAUGCCCAAGAUAGCGCCGGUCGGUCGGAGAAAUGGCGAUACGAGAUGUGGUUCCAAAACGAGGACCGCAUCAACUACGCCAUCCACGGCGGGCCGAUGGCAGGGCGCAUCAACUUCCAAGCCGCGGAUUACCAGUGCAUCCGGCCCGGCGAGCUGUGGCAAUGCAACUGGCUCGAGGAGACGGGGACGAUAUGCUCGCUCGUCUUCGACAUUCCCCGACAGAAGAUCACCACCAUGCUAGGGUUCUCCAAGGGCCAUUGGGAGAGGGCAGAGGAGGCGCAUGGGAACAAGAGGAAUUCCGCGGAUUUAGAGAGAUGGAGGGGUCUGGCAAAGAUCGGAAAUCAGACGGACAGGGUGCUUUUGAGUGAGCAGGCGGAUAUUGUGGAGGAUUUUCGCGGACCAGGGAAUUUGAAGGCUGUUGAUAAUAGUUGGCCGACUUUAUGA